AUGGGUCCGGACGACGAAAUCCUGAGCCAGAACUACACGUACAGUAACAACAACAGUGCCACGGGAAGCGCCAGCGGCGCCACAACAAGCCACGGCGGUUUCGACGGCGGCGGAAACGGCCGGUCGUCGAAGAAACAGAAACAGAAGCAGAAAGUCCCCCAGCGAGGACUCGGAGUGGCGCAAUUGGAGAGAAUCAGGCUGGAAGAGCAACAACAACAACAUACAAAAUCCGACCACCACCACCACCACCCUUACCUCCACCACCACAGCGGCGGCAGCUCUUCCUCCGCCACCACCUUCAUGGCGCCGACACCUGUCCCUCCUUCAAUGACAUCACCACCGCCCCCGUCAUCCUCUUGCAACGGACACAAUCACCUACCGCUCCUCCACCACAACCAAUCUGUGGACCCGUUGUUUCAAAACCCGAUGCUCAUCAACAACAAUAACAGACACCGUCAGAGCUUCGACGCUAUUAACAAUUACGGCUCCACGACAACCGUUACAAUCCCGCCGUCGAGCCUCCACGAGUGGGACCCGCAGCAAUCAAUCUCUGUUCCCUCUGUUGUUACGUCAGCGGGAGGAGGAAGUACCAGCAGCCGCGGAGGCGGCGGGGGGAAUUCUAACGUGGCGAUGCCGACGUGGAACUUCUCAUCGUCGACUCACGACUACAGCGGGAGUGGAUUUUCGUCGUCGGGAAGCUCAAACGUUCCGUAUAACAACAACAACAACAAUAAUGAUUCAAACCCUAACUCGCUUUGGUUCCUCCCCUGCCAGCUGGUUCAUAAAGCUGUACCGCCUCCUCAUCACAAGUACCAGCAGCCCGCACCAUCUUCCACCACUUGUUCCUACAAUUCCUCCAUGAUGAAUGGUCCAAUACCGGCAACUACUUCGUCGUCGUCAUCCUCGGUCAUAAACUUCCACAUAGAGCCACCCUCCUCGGCGACGAACCAAGGCUUCUACAGCAACUUUUCGAGCUUUGGCUGGCCGCCGAUGGAGGAGGAGAAGGUCGGGAUGAAGAGAGCGCAUCCCUUGUCGUCGACCAAGCAGGAGAGCAGCAACGAGAGUGGGGACGUCCCACAUCCUAACUUCAUGUACCACAACAAGCCGCAGCAGCCGCCGCCGCCAUUCCCGUCGGUGGUUCACCACCACCACCACCACGAGUCUCCUUCCUCCUUCAACUUCGGCUCCGGCCCAGUUUUCAACUUCUCUUCCCCUACCCACUAUUUUAGAGACGGGUGUUCGGGUUGGAACGUGACGUGGCAAGCCGAUCCUAGGAGAUCGAUGAGAGAGAGUGGAUCGGUGACGACGUUCCCGGGAGAUUUUCUAACUCUAGCUCCCCCCACAGCUCCUCCUCCUAGCUCAACAGCAGCAGCCGGAGCCGCCGCCGGUGGAGUCGUCGGCGGCAGUGGCGGAGGGUGUAACUCGAGUAAUUUUAGGCUCAACGAUCCACACUUUCAUCGUACAACUAAGAAGUUCGAACUCGAUUCAUCCUCACUCCACAGCCACUACCAUCACCACCACCAUCACCGAGGUGGAAUGGAAGAUCAAAUGGCGGGUGACUCAAGAGCAAGAUAUCAACAACAAAACCAACAGAUGAUGCAGCAGCUGGAACCGCAGCCGCAGCAGCAGGGGAUUUGCCACAACGGCUGCAGCUUCCCCCACAAAGUGAUUAAUGUAGAAGAUGAACGGCGAAGUUCCCUCAUCAAUUCUAACGGUGGUGGUGAUCAUCAUCAUCAUAAACUUGAAAACGUUGACCUCAACUUGAAGCUAUAAAAACUAUUAACAUACAAAAUGAAAUAAAAGAAAAGAAAAGGGGGAAAGUCAAUUUGUAAUAUGCUUCAUAUAUACCUAUAAGAAUAAGC